AUGUCCAAAAUCGCCUCUACUUUCUCUCGCCUUGUUCGCUUCAUCCCGAAGUCGGACCCCUCCAAGGUUCUGAUCGGAGAGCCUGUUGAUGCACAGCUUGAUGUUGGAUUAGCUAUCUACAAAGGCCAGGAGGUCUCCGUACGCCCAUUUACUGGUAGCUCUGUCUUGACUCCUGGCGAGGCUACUACUGGCACAGAAGUUGUUGAGCGCUUGCUAUCCCCGCUGGCUCAGAAGGAAGUCGGAUCUAUCCGCUGCAUUGGUUUGAACUAUGUCUCCCACGCCAAGGAGAUGUCUCUUGCCCUCCCGGAUUAUCCGGUUCUGUUCAUGAAGCCCUCCACUUCACUGGCAGAUCCGUACCCCGCCCCCACUAUCCUGCCGAAGCUUACACAAACCGAUAACACCGGUGACUAUGAGUCUGAGAUGGUCGUUGUCAUUGGCCGUGACGCCAAGGAUGUGUCUGAAUCUGAGGCUCUGGACUAUGUUCUAGGCUACACGGCUGCCAAUGAUGUAUCCAGCCGUACAUACCAGAUGAACCAGAGCCAAUGGUGCUUCUCCAAGGGAUUCGAUGGUGCUUGCCCAAUUGGACCCGCCCUUGUCUCCGCUAAGCUUCUUCCCGAUGUUAGCAAGCUUCAUAUUCGCGGCUUGAAGAACGGAAAUGUCAUGCAGGACUGCCCUCUGACUGACCUGAUCUUCAAUGUCCCCAAAUUGAUCAGCUUCCUUUCCCAGGGCACUACUCUGCCCGCCGGUACCAUCAUUCUGACCGGUACGCCUCCCGGUGUUGGAGCUGCCAAGAAGCCUCAGGAGUUCAUUAAGAGCGGCGACGAGUUUGCCGUUGAAUUGCUUCCCCAUGUCGGUACCCUGAUCAACAAGAUCGAGAACCAAUAA